CUCGCCUCCUCACCUGCAGCAGCCCCACUCCCGGCUGGCGUGCGACCUCACCGCCGCAGCACCUUGGGCUGGCUUGCCUCCUCACCUGCAGCAGGCCCCCCCUCCCGGCUGGUGUGCGACCUCACUGCCGCAGCACCUUGGGCUGGCUUGCCUCCUCACCUGCAGCAGCCCCCCUCCCGGCUGGCGUGCGACCUCACCGCCGCAGCACCUUGGGCUAGCUCGCCUCCUCACCUGCAGCAGCCCCCCUCCCGGCUGGCGUGCCACCUCACCGCCGCAGCACCUUGGGCUGGCUUGCCUCCUCACCUGCAGCAGCCCCCCCCCUCCCGGCUGGCGUGCGACCUCACCGCCGCAGCACCUUGGGCUGGCUUGCCUCCUCACCUGCAGCAGCCCCCCUCCCAGCUGGCGUGCGACCUCACCGCCUCAGCACCUUGGGCUGGCUUGCCUCCUCACCUGCAGCAGCCCCCCCCUCCCGGCUGGCGUGCGACCUCACCGCCGCAGCACCUUGGGCUGGCUUGCCUCCUCACCUGCAGCAGCCCCCCCUCCCGGCUGGCGUGCGACCUCACCGCCGCAGCACCUUGGGCUGGCUUGCCUCCUCACCUGCAGCAGCCCCCCUCCCGGCUGGCGUGCGACCUCACCGCCGCAGCACCUUGGGCUGGCUUGCCUCCUCACCUGCAGCAGCCCCCCUCCCAGCUGGCGUGCGACCUCACCGCCGCAGCACCUUGGGCUGGCUUGCCUCCUCACCUGCAGCAGCCCCCCUCCCGGCUGGCGUGCGACCUCACCGCCGCAGCACCUUGGGCUAGCUCGCCUCCUCACCUGCAGCAGCCCCCCUCCCGGCUGGCGUGCGACCUCACCGCCGCAGCACCUUGGGCUGGCUUGCCUCCUCACCUGCAGCAGCCCCCCCCUCCCGGCUGGCGUGCGACCUCACCGCCGCAGCACCUUGGGCUGGCUUGCCUCCUCACCUGCAGCAGCCCCCCCUCCCGGCCGGCGUGCGACCUCACCGCCGCAGCACCUUGGGCUGGCUUGCCUCCUCACCUGCAGCAGCCCCCCUCCCGGCUGGCGUGCGACCUCACCGCCGCAGCACCUUGGGCUGGCUUGCCUCCUCACCUGCAGCAGCCCCCCUCCCGGCUGGCGUGCGACCUCACCGCCGCAGCACCUUGGGCUGGCUUGCCUCCUCACCUGCAGCAGCCCCUCUCCCGGCUGGCGUGCGACCUCACCGCCGCAGCACCUUCGGCUGGCUUGCCUCCUCACCUGCAGCAGCCCCCCUCCCGGCUGGCGUGCGACCUCACCGCCGCAGCACCUUUGGCUAGCUCGCCUCCUCACCUGCAGCAGCCCCCCUCCCGGCUGGCGUGCGACCUCACCGCCGCAGCACCUUGGGCUGGCUUGCCUCCUCACCUGCAGCAGCCCCUCUCCCGGCUGGCGUGCGACCUCACCGCCGCAGCACCUUCGGCUGGCUUGCCUCCUCACCUGCAGCAGCCCCCCUCCCGGCUGGCGUGCGACCUCACCGCCGCAGCACCUUUGGCUAGCUCGCCUCCUCACCUGCAGCAGCCCCCCUCCCGGCUGGCGUGCGACCUCACCGCCGCAGCACCUUGGGCUGGCUUGCCUCCUCACCUGCAGCAGCCCCCCCCUCCCGGCUGGUCACCUUGGGCUGGCUUGCCUCCUCACCUGCAGCAGCCCCCCUCCCGGCUGGCGUGCGACCUCACCGCCGCAGCACCUUGGGCUGGCUUGCCUCCUCACCUGCAGCAGCCCCCCUCCCGGCUGGCGUGCGACCUCACCGCCGCAGCACCUUGGGCUGGCUUGCCUCCUCACCUGCAGCAGCCCCCCUCCCGGCUGGCGUGCGACCUCACCGCCGCAGCACCUUGGGCUAGCUCGCCUCCUCACCUGCAGCAGCCCCCCUCCCGGCUGGCGUGCGACCUCACCGCCGCAGCACCUUGGGCUGGCUUGCCUCCUCACCUGCAGCAGCCCCCCCCUCCCGGCUGGCGUGCGACCUCACCGCCGCAGCACCUUGGGCUGGCUUGCCUCCUCACCUGCAGCAGCCCCCCCUCCCGGCCGGCGUGCGACCUCACCGCCGCAGCACCUUGGGCUGGCUUGCCUCCUCACCUGCAGCAGCCCCCCUCCCGGCUGGCGUGCGACCUCACCGCCGCAGCACCUUUGGCUAGCUCGCCUCCUCACCUGCAGCAGCCCCCCACCCGGCUGGCGUGCGACCUCACCGCCGCAGCACCUUUGGCUAGCUCGCCUCCUCACCUGCAGCAGCCCCCCUCCCGGCUGGCGUGCGACCUCACCGCCGCAGCACCUUGGGCUGGCUUGCCUCCUCACCUGCAGCAGCCCCUCUCCCGGCUGGCGUGCGACCUCACCGCCGCAGCACCUUGGGCUGGCUUGCCUCCUCACCUGCAGCAGCCCCUCUCCCGGCUGGCGUGCGACCUCACCGCCGCAGCACCUUCGGCUGGCUUGCCUCCUCACCUGCAGCAGCCCCCCUCCCAGCUGGCGUGCGACCUCACCGCCGCAGUACCUUCGGCUGGCUUGCAACCUCCCCUUUCGCCCCUUUCCUUCGGCUUUUUGGCCUGGCAUCGGCUUCAUACUUCAGGGUUCACCACUCAUCCCAACUAUGGGAUUCUCACACCACUCACACAGCAGGCCCACCCACUCACACAGCAGGGCCACCCACUCACACAGCAGGGCCACCCACUCACACAGCAGGGCCCACCCACUCACACAGCAGGGCCCACCCACUCUCACAGCAGGGCCCACCCACUCACACAGCAGGGCCACCCACUCACACAGCAGGGCCACCCACUCACACAGCAGGGCCACCCACUCACACAGCAGGGCCACCCACUCACAGAGCAGGCCCACCCACUCACACAGCAGGGCCACCCACUCACACAGCAGGGCCCACCCACUCACACAGCAGGGCCACCCACUCACACAGCAGGCACCACACAUCCCAACACCCCCACUCACACAGCAGGGCCCACCCACUCACACAGCAGGGCCCACCCACUCACACAGCAGGGCCACCCACUCACACAGCAGGGCCACCCACUCACACAGCAGGGCCACCCACUCACACAGCAGGCCCACCCACUCACACAGCAGGGCCACCCACUCACACAGCAGGGCCACCCACUCACACAGCAGGGCCACCCACUCACACAGCAGGGCCACCCACUCACACAGCAGGGCCACCCACUCACACAGCAGGGCCACCCACUCACACAGCAGGGCCACCCACUCACACAGCAGGGCCACCCACUCACACAGCAGGGCCCACCCACUCACACAGCAGGGCCACCCACUCACACAGCAGGGCCCACCCACUCACACAGCAGGGCCCACCCACUCACACAGCAGGGCCCACCCACUCACACAGCAGGGCCACCCACUCACACAGCAGGGCCACCCACUCACACAGCAGGGCCACCCACUCACACAGCAGGGCCACCCACUCACACAGCAGGGCCACCCACUCACACAGCAGGGCCACCCACUCACACAGCAGGGCCACCCACUCACACAGCAGGGCCACCCACUCACACAGCAGGCCCACCCACUCACACAGCAGGGCCACCCACUCACACAGCAGGGCCACCCACUCACACAGCAGGGCCCACCCACUCACACAGCAGGGCCCACCCACUCACACAGCAGGGCCACCCACUCACACAGCAGGGCCCACCCACUCACACAGCAGGGCCCACCCACUCACACAGCAGGGCCCACCCACUCACACAGCAGGGCCCACCCACUCACACAGCAGGGCCCACCCACUCACACAGCAGGGCCACCCACUCACACAGCAGGGCCCACCCACUCACACAGCAGGGCCCACCCACUCACACAGCAGGGCCCACCCACUCACACAGCAGGGCCACCCACUCACACAGCAGGGCCCACCCACUCACACAGCAGGGCCCACCCACUCACACAGCAGGGCCCACCCACUCACACAGCAGGGCCACCCACUCACACAGCAGGGCCACCCACUCACACAGCAGGGCCACCCACUCACACAGCAGGCCCACCCACUCACACAGCAGGGCCCACCCACUCACACAGCACGGCCCACCCACUCACACAGCAGGGCCACCCACUCACACAGCAGGGCCCACCCACUCACACAGCAGGGCCCACCCACUCACACAGCAGGGCCCACCCACUCACACAGCAGGGCCCACCCACUCACACAGCAGGGCCCACCCACUCACACAGCAGGGCCCACCCACUCACACAGCAGGGCCCACCCACUCACACAGCAGGGCCCACCCACUCACACAGCAGGGCCACCCACUCACACAGCAGGCACCACACAUCCCAACACCCCCACUCACACAGCAGGGCCCACCCACUCACACAGCAGGGCCCACCCACUCACACAGCAGGGCCAACCACUCACACAGCAGGGCCACCCACUCACACAGCAGGGCCACCCACUCACACAGCAGGGCCACCCACUCACACAGCAGGCCCACCCACUCACACAGCAGGGCCACCCACUCACACAGCAGGGCCCACCCACUCACACAGCAGGGCCACCCACUCACACAGCAGGGCCCACCCACUCACACAGCAGGGCCCACCCACUCACACAGCAGGGCCCACCCACUCACACAGCAGGGCCCACCCACUCACACAGCAGGGCCCACCCACUCACACAGCAGGGCCACCCACUCACACAGCAGGGCCACCCACUCACACAGCAGGGCCACCCACUCACACAGCAGGGCCACCCACUCACACAGCAGGGCCACCCACUCACACAGCAGGGCCACCCACUCACACAGCAGGCCCACCCACUCACACAGCAGGGCCACCCACUCACACAGCAGGGCCCACCCACUCACACAGCAGGGCCACCCACUCACACAGCAGGGCCCACCCACUCACACAGCAGGGCCCACCCACUCACACAGCAGGGCCCACCCACUCACACAGCAGGGCCCACCCACUCACACAGCAGGGCCAACCACUCACACAGCAGGGCCACCCACUCACACAGCAGGGCCACCCACUCACACAGCAGGGCCACCCACUCACACAGCAGGCCCACCCACUCACACAGCAGGGCCACCCACUCACACAGCAGGGCCCACCCACUCACACAGCAGGGCCACCCACUCACACAGCAGGGCCCACCCACUCACACAGCAGGGCCCACCCACUCACACAGCAGGGCCCACCCACUCACACAGCAGGGCCCACCCACUCACACAGCAGGGCCCACCCACUCACACAGCAGGGCCACCCACUCACACAGCAGGGCCACCCACUCACACAGCAGGGCCACCCACUCACACAGCAGGGCCACCCACUCACACAGCAGGGCCACCCACUCACACAGCAGGGCCCACCCACUCACACAGCAGGGCCACCCACUCACACAGCAGGGCCCACCCACUCACACAGCAGGGCCACCCACUCACACAGCAGGGCCACCCACUCACACAGCAGGGCCCACCCACUCACACAGCAGGGCCCACCCACUCACACAGCAGGGCCCACCCACUCACACAGCAGGGCCCACCCACUCACACAGCAGGGCCCACCCACUCACACAGCAGGGCCCACCCACUCACACAGCAGGGCCACCCACUCACACAGCAGGGCCCACCCACUCACACAGCAGGGCCCACCCACUCACACAGCAGGGCCCACCCACUCACACAGCAGGGCCCACCCACUCACACAGCAGGGCCCACCCACUCACACAGCAGGGCCACCCACUCACACAGCAGGGCCCACCCACUCACACAGCAGGGCCCACCCACUCACACAGCAGGGCCCACCCACUCACACAGCAGGGCCACCCACUCACACAGCAGGGCCCACCCACUCACACAGCAGGGCCCACCCACUCACACAGCAGGGCCCACCCACUCACACAGCAGGGCCACCCACUCACACAGCAGGGCCACCCACUCACACAGCAGGGCCACCCACUCACACAGCAGGCCCACCCACUCACACAGCAGGGCCCACCCACUCACACAGCACGGCCCACCCACUCACACAGCAGGGCCACCCACUCACACAGCAGGGCCACCCACUCACACAGCAGGCCCACCCACUCACACAGCAGGGCCCACCCACUCACACAGCACGGCCCACCCACUCACACAGCAGGGCCACCCACUCACACAGCAGGGCCACCCACUCACACAGCAGGCCCACCCACUCACACAGCAGGGCCCACCCACUCACACAGCACGGCCCACCCACUCACACAGCAGGGCCACCCACUCACACAGCAGGGCCACCCACUCACACAGGAGGCCCACCCACUCACACAGCAGGGCCACCCACUCACACAGCAGGCCCACCCACUCACACAGCAGGGCCACCCACUCACACAGCAGGGCCACCCACUCACACAGCAGGCCCACCCACUCACACAGCACUGCACCAGCGCUGCCAUCUGCUCCUUGA